AUGGGUGUUGUUACAGAGGAUAAAAUCGACACGGUCCCGGGCUCAAGCGGGCAAAGCGAGGAGGAUGCUCCUCCUUUCCCGUCCAACGUCGACGACGCCAAGCUGGUUCGCAAGAUUGACAUGCGAGUAAUGCCUAUGCUGUUUGGCAUUUACCUGGUCGCGUUUUUGGACCGAGUCAACAUCUCCAAUGCGCUCACCAUGAGCAUGCCGGAUGAUCUGAACCUGUACGGCAACCGGGCAAACGUCGCUCUACUGAUCUUUUACAUUCCUUACAUCAUCUUUGAAAUUCCAUCCAACGUUAUCAUGAAAAAGCUGAAGCCGCAUAUCUGGCUGUCAGGCUGCAUCAUUGCCUUUGGCAUUGUCAUGCUCGGCCAAGCCUUUGUCCAGAGCUACGGUGGUCUGAUUGCGACUCGUUUCUUUCUCGGAUGGGCUGAAAGCGGUAUCUUCCCCGGUAGUUUCUAUCUGAUCAGCUUUUGGUACAAGCGCGCCGAAGCCCAGAAGCGUUUCACCAUCUACUGGUCUUCGGUCAUCUUUGCUGGCGCCUUUGGUGGCCUGCUGGCCUCUGGUAUUGCCAAAAUGGACGGCAUGCGCGGUCUCGAAAACUGGCGGUGGAUUUUCUUGCUGGAGGGCGUUGCAUCCAUCCUGGUCGGCAUUACCGCCCUCUUCUUCUGCGCCGAUUUCCCCCAGCAAGCAUCCUGGUUGACCGAAGACGAAAAGGCCGCGGUGAUUGCCAAGACUCGCAACUACGAGGAUGACGAGGUCAAGGUGACCAAGUCUGAUUUGGCUUCAUUCUUCAGAGACCCCAAGGGGUACCUGGCUGCGAUCAUGUACUUUACCAUUGUCAUCCCCAUCUACGCCUUUGCUUACUUUGCCCCGACCAUCAUCAAAGCCCUGGGAUACGGAACCAUCCAGACCCAAUUGCACAGCGUGCCGCCCUUUGCCGCUGCUCUCGGACUCUGCUUGGUGAUGGCAUAUUUCUCAGACAAAUAUGCCAUUCGCUACCCAUUCAUUCUCUUUGGCGAUCUACUGAUCAUCAUCGGCCUGGCCAUCAUGUUGUCCUUGCACGGCUCCGAACACUUUUCCGCAGAGUAUCUCGGCAUCUGCUUCAUCACCAUGGGCUCGUUUAGUGCUGGCGCCGUGAUCAUCUGCUGGGUGCUGAUGAACAUGCAGGGCCACGCGGAGCGCAGUAUCGGGUCUGGCUUUGUGAUUGGUGUCGGCAACUCGGGCGGUAUUGUCGCUGUCUUUUGCUUUACCAAGGACGACGCCCCCCUUUACAAGCGCGGAUACUGGAUUCUGAUGGCCAUGGCGCUCGCCGGCACGGUGUCGACGGUGGCAUACGGCUUGGUGGUGGCGCGCGAGCGUCGUCGCCAGAUCCAAGCCGAGGGCAAGACGGACAAGGAAAAGAUUCUCUCUCUUUAA